ACGAUUUAGGCGAUUUAGGGCAGCGCGUCGCAGAUUGUCGUAAACCUUUAUUUAUUGAGGGAGCGAAGCCGAUUCAACUCGGGUUCUGCAGCUCGGAAAUCGAAAUUACUUCCUCUCUACGACCAUCCGCAGCGUAAAUAGUCUUUCCUGAAUCUUGUCCGCGUCAACUGGUUUCGCAAGAACGAAAUCCCAAGUUGUCGAAGACAGGGAUCGGAGGAACGUUGAAGAAAAAUGUUCUACAGAGGGAGGUACAUGGAUGUUGGUGAUGRACGUGAAAUGGGUCCAAAGCGGCAGCGGUUAAUUGAUCAAUCUCCGUCAUUUUAUGGUGCAUCCCCUGGUUCGAGUUACAUGUAUAAUGCUUCACCCUAUGGAUAUAUUGGUCAACCUCCACCAUUCCCAGCUGUCCGGUUGCGUGGUCUUCCCUUUGAUUGCACUGAAGCUGAUGUUCUGGAGUUCUUUCAUGGUCUAGACAUCAUCGAUGUACUCUUUGUCCACAAAAAUGGCAGGUUCACUGGGGAGGCUUAUUGUGUUUUGGGGUACCCUCUUCAAGUUGAUUUUGCGAUUCAGAGGAACAGGCAGAACAUGGGCAGGCGAUACAUUGAGGUUUUUAGGAGUAAGAGACAAGAAUAUUACAAGGCUGUAGCAAAUGAAGUUUCAGAUGCUCGUGGUGGCUCACCACGUCGAGGGGGUCCAAGGGGAAGAUCCUAUGAUGAUGGAAAGGAUUCAGUUGAACAUUCAGGGGUCUUGCGAUUGAGGGGAUUACCAUUUUCAGCUGGAAAGGAUGAUGUGAUAGAAUUCUUUAAGGAUUUCAAGUUGUCAGAAGAUACCAUUCAUAUCACAUUUAAUUCAGAUGGAAGGCCAACUGGGGAAGCAUUUGUGGAGUUUGCCAGUCCAGAGGACUCAAAGGCAGCAAUGGCGAAGGAUAGGAUGACACUUGGCAGUCGUUAUAUUGAGCUGUUUCCUUCAUCACAUGAAGAGUUGGAUGAAGCAGUCUCAAAGGGACGAUGAUGCCUUCCUGAAAGCAGUAGUGUAAAUUUAUGUGCGCUGACUUUGUCGUAGUUUUUUAUUUUCUUUUUGUUUCACUACAACUUAGAAGUAAUAAACUUUUCAUUUAUUGUUUUUAUGGAGAGAAAAUUUAUGCUUAAAGCAAAACAUUAAGGAGGUGGGCUUAUAUGCAGAAUUUACUUGGAUUAUGUUUCCUUAUGGUAGUUUAGACAUGAUUUUACAUUCACUGUAAUGCAUAUCUUGACAGAUGACAUGCUUAUUUUGAUAUUUGAUUUUCACUA